AGACCGGAAGCAACCGAAAGCGCGGGGCGGAAGAUGGUUUUCCACUGUCUGAAAGUAAAACGAGGAUGUGGGCAGAGUCUCAGCAAGGGCCAUCUGGAUGCGCCCCGUGUCGGCGAGGGUACUGCGCCUGCUGCCAAGUCCACUACAAAGACCUGGAUCAGCAUCUGUCCAGUGGAAGACACCUGGAUCGUGUCGCCGGCUCCUCCGGGGUCACCGGUAGCCGAGGUGAUGAGACGCUACUGGAGCGCUUCCUGCGGGACGUCUUGUUGCACCACCCACGCUGCUCCGAGGAUGGCAGGGACUCGGACUCGGACUUCCUGUCUGCUCCCCUUUUACCGACACAGCUGCCGGAUAAAGAUGGCUCCUCAUCGGGCACUCGCCACCACCUGAACGAUGCGGAAGUAGGUGCCGGUCCUCUCAGCCGACCGGAGGAGAGCGGUCGAGGUAGACCUACGCCCCCCGUGCACAGGAAAGCCCACAGGAAGACCGACAGGAGGAAAAGCGCAGGGUCCGCCAAGGGUCCAGAUGCGGGAACGCGGCCCCUGCGUCGGGCACACCAUCAAAGCUGGCGGCAUCGGCACUUGGCGGCGCCCAAAGAGCGGACUCCUGAAAAGGAGGACACGGAGAGCUUCCACGUCAGCGCGCCUCUACACACGCAGAGCGACUCGGACUGGGACUCGCUGGUCCAGGUGCCUGACCCCCGGCGACCCGGCAUGCACGCCACGGAUAUCAGCCACCUAACCGACGCUCAGGUCCACCUGAUGGACCCGAUGUACUCACGGCGGCUCCAGGCCGCCCUCCGCGGCGAGCUGCAUGCGGCCCCGGUGCUUUGUGGCGUGCCGCAGAAUAUCCCGCCAUCCUUCAGGGGCAAGACCUGGAGCCAGAUUGAAGAGGAAGACGAGAAGAAGGUGGAGGACCUGGUCCGACAGUUCAGACGAGGUCGUUUUGUCUGCUACUUCGACAAAGAGUCACUAGACAGGAGUGGGCGUGGUCAGGAGGACGCGGGUUUCCUUCCUCUCGCCGACACGGACGGGGAGGCAGUGAGAAAGAGGAAGUACUUCAGGACGGCUUCCAGGUGUCAGGUGGUCAAAGUGAGUCACAGCACUCAGACCGCCCGCCUCGUCGUCCCCGCUGUCUGCCAAUCGACGCCGGAGGCCCCUCCCGCCGCACGGCCUCCAGCGGGAGUGGAAACGACUCCCCGGGGGCAACGCCAGCGUCUUCCGCACUCCUACUCCCCCAUCGUGACGCCGCUGCAGGCCGCCACAUCCGUGGUCUACCUUCUCUGCUCGCCUACGUUUCCCGCCCCCGCCCGCAAGCCGGCGAAACGCAGCAGGAAGAGGCGGCAGGACCUUGAGCGCCCCAAGGUCAAAUAUAAAUCCUUCCCCAUGCGCUUCUACGACCCCUGCGGCAAUCGCAUCAUCAAGAACCCCCCCAAAGAUUUGAAACGUUCCAUCCUCCACGGCCCCCUGCCGCCGUGCGCCCGUAAACUCUUCCGUAGUCUGAGCCCGGACCUGAACGCCGACCGACCUUCGGGGGAGGCGGCCUCGGGCUCUUGCGGAAGCAAGGGUCCCGCCUCAUCCCUCCGCAGCCACGUCAUGGUGAGUGCGCUCAGCGCCAACCCGGCGCCCGUCCGCAGACGGGGCGUGCGGGAAGCACGGGCCGCGUCCUCCUCGCCUGCGACGGGCAGGCUCCGUCACAAACGGCCACGACGAGGAAGGUCUCGGGGCGGCUGUGAGAAGGCGGCUGAGUAGCGCUUGGAUGCCAGUUCAUCCUCACUCUCCAGCGCCGCUUCCCUGUGGGACAACGGCCGGCUCCCAACUAACGAAUCCCCCCAUUAUAAUCCAAUUUUCUUUCCAUAAUGGGACUUUUUCUCAGAAAAUUAUUCAAUUUCUGCUGCUUUUUAUAGCUAUUUGAUUCUAUAUAUUUAUUUGUAUUUAAAUCAUUUUGUUGUCUUAUAUUAUGAAUAUCUUAUUUUUUGGAAUAUUUCAAGUCUAUAAAUGGCUCUCAUAUUACAAUGUUAUGUCUCUGAAUAUUUAGACUUUAUUUUGGUUAACUGACUGCUUAAUAUUUAUAAAUAUGUAAUAUAUAAAUUUAUUAAUAUAUAUAUAUAUUUAUAUAUUUUUAAUAUAUAUAUUUUUGGAAGUUUUCAUGUUAAAUGGUGACAUUUCACCAGCAGAUGGCGCCAUUUAAAUGGGCCAUUCAUUUCUAAUGGGAACAGAAUAUGGAAUAUAUAUUCAUAUUUGCCAUGUAGAUAUCCCAGUCAGGGGCGGGGCUUGUCUCAUAGUGUCCACCAGGCAGCAUAAGGAGUCUGCGACCUGCAUUGCGGCCUCAUUAAGCUCCGCCCCCUCACCCUGGCUUGAUCCAAUCAAAUGGAAAACAUGUUGUGAUGCAAGGUAGACCUCAUUUACAUCCUUCCCCAAAACCCGUGUCAGCCUGUCCACCGUCUCCUGCAGCAGCUCCUCCGGACUGGACUCGGCCACGCCCCCGUCCUCCUCUUGCGCCCAAUCUGCCUCCUCAUAGUGGAGGUCAUGUGACCUGGUGGACAGGGUGUCCUCUUUUUCACUCACCUCCUCUUCCACCAAAUCCUCGUCUUCACAAC